CACCGGCACCGGCAACGGCACCGUCGACAAUAUGGUUAAGGAAUGCGCUCACCACAGCAAAAAACGCCCAAAACUAAUCCGGCGAAUCUACGCCGGAGUCCUAAUCUUCCUCUUCCUUGUCCUUCUCACGAUCCUCUUAAUUUGGGCCAUUCUUCAGCCGACAAAGCCCAAAUUCAUCAUCCAAGACGCCACCGUCUUCCUCUUCAACGUCACCGCCGCUAAUUUUAUCUCCUCCAGUAUCCAAGUCACCAUCUCCUCCCGGAACCCUAACGACAAGAUCGGAAUCUACUACGACCGCCUCGAUGUCUACGCCGUCUACCGGAACCAACAGAUCACUCUCCGUACCGUCAUUCAACCUAACUAUCAAGGCCACAACGACAUCAACAUCUGGUCGCCGUUCGUCGUCGGUAACGCCGUUCCGAUCUCUCCCUACAACGGCGCCGCUCUCAACCAAGACCAGGCCGUCGGCACCGUCUUGUUGUCCAUCAAAAUCGACGGUCGCGUCCGAUUCAAGGUCGGCACCUUCAUCUCCGGCCGCUACCAUCUCAACGUCGACUGCCCGGCGGCUAUCAUGUUCGGAAAUCCAACCGCCGGUAUUAUAGUCGGUAAUAACGUCGUUAAAUACCAGCUGGUACGGCCGUGCAGCGUCAGUGUUUAAGCUCCCGUUAUUGCCGUCAGAAUUCUUGCUCUCCGUUUUCUCUCUCCUUAACGCCGUUAGUUUCCUAUAUUUCUCUGUCCUUUUUUUUCAAUUUAAGACGAUACGUCAGGAUAAAGGUCUGUGAAUUGUAAAUUUUUCCAAAUAAUAAAAAUGAAAAAUGAAAAAAUAAAAAUAAAAAUUAUUACGUGAAUUUGUAAAGAGAGCAAAAAUUUAGAGGUCGGGGGCAAUUGUGUAAUUUUCUAUUACAUUUGUAUUUAAUAUUUAUAAUGAAAA